AUGAAGGCAGACGCUCUUUCACGACAACUGGAGCUGGAUUUUCCCCGGGCGGACCCCGCGCCUGUCCUUCCACCUUCCAGGAUAAUCGCCCCACUCCAACUAGAGAUGAGAGUUCGCCAGGCACAGUCCUUACACUCUUGGUCUUUCGGCUGCUCCCGUGACACACGCGACACCGAGGCAGCUUUACAUGCUAAACACACCCUUAAAGGCUUAAUCAUGGCCUCAAAUGUCAAUGGAACUCAAGAUUUGGAUUGUGGAAUUGAUAAAAAUGCGUGGAAAAUAGCACUUUCCAGUCUCUAUUUCAUACUUUUCCCUCCUGCUCUUCUGCUAAACCUUGUAGUCGCUUGGAUAUGUUUACACCUCAAGUCUGAUUCUACUUUCAUGGUGUACCUAAAGCACUUGGUGGCAGCCGACCUUCUCAUGACCUUGACUUUCCCUAUCCGAGGUGCCAGCAGGCUCACAAAUGCCUCAGAUGGGCUACGCGCUUUCACCUGCCAAUUCGCAAGCCCCGUCUUCUACCUGGCCAUGACCAUGAGUGUGAUAUUAAUGGGACUCAUUAGCCUGGACCGUUACUUAAAGAUUGUGAGAUCUGGAGGAACUCUUCUAUGUCAGAACCUGUUAUUUAGUAAUUUCUUAUCAUUCACUUUCUGGAUUGCGUUACUCGGCACUAAUACGAUCCCGAUUAUUAGGACAUCAAAUGAAGACCGCGCAAAUAAGACUGGAGAGUUCUGCAUUAACAUGAAAAGCAAACUAGGAAUUACUUGGCAUAAAGGAGUCGCCAAUGUGGCCGAAACAAUUUUUUGGACAAGCUGCAUUUUAAUUGUGUUUUGUUAUAUUUGCAUUGCUAAGACAGUUUUGGAGUCGUAUCAAAGGGCCCGCGGCAACAAAGACAGACGGAAGCGUAAAGCAAAGCUUCGGGUUUUUCUUAUUCUUAUGGUAUUUUUUAUCUGCUACGUACCGUACUACUGCAUCCGAAUACCUUAUACUAACCUACAGGUUCAAAACAAUAACACAUGUUCCAAGCUUUCACUUAGAAUUGCCAAGGACUUUUCGCUCUGGCUCUCAGCUCUAAAUGUGUGCCUGGACCCCCUGAUCUACUUUUUUCUCUGCAAGGCUUUCAGGCAAAUGUUUUGGGAGACAUUUAACUUAAAAAAACUUUUUCCAUCCAUUGGAAAAAACAAUGAGGCCUGUCAGUCCUCAGAUACUUCACUGUAAGUGGACAGUUUUUUUCCCCUUAGCUUUGCAUGUGCAUUUGUGUAACACAUCACUGCAGACUGCUGACCAUAAAAUUGUGUUGAAACCGCAUCAGGAAGCUAACACUGUGCACGGUUUCACACUACGAACCAAAAUAUAUCUUUCUACACAUCUAUGUUUGUUAAGAUAUAAAGUCAUACAUUUUUGCAUUUUUUUGUGCAAUGAAUUCAAGCCUUCAAGAAAGAGGAAAAGUUUUAAAGGUCUGAUCUAAUCUGCAGUUCUUGUGCAAAGCCAGUUGAGAAAUAAAAAUUAUAGAAUUUGUUUAGGUAAUAUUUGAACUUAUUUUCAUUAAUAAGCAUGUAAUUGUGCUAAAUUUAUGCAAAUUAAGAGAGACUGCACAUUUGUUUGUAAUACAUAAAAUGUAUCUAAUAAGUGUCAUAUAAAUUUAUUGUAUUAUAUUUUAUGUAUAUUAUUAUUAACAUUAGUAGUAGUAUUGAAUUCAAAUUUGAGUGACUGUUCAUAAGUCAUAUCAUAUACAUUCAGGUAAGCUACUGACUAGCUGAGUAAGUUAGACUAGUUAGCAGGAUCUUUUGAUGUUUUAUAAUAUGAAAGCAUUGUUUUUGUUUUGUUUUUACUUGGCAGGUUUGUUUACAGCAACAAAUCAAACAAAGAGUUAACGAGUAACCCGGUUUUGUGCUAGAUAUGAAAGUGCUGUUCUAGAUAAUGUACUGUACAGAAAACCCCAAACCACUGACCUGUACCUUUUCUUAUAUAGCUUUUUUUAUAUAGUUUUGAGAAUUCAGUCAGUGUUUACUCCAGCGUAGACUAAUUGGUUAGUUACUGUAAUAUAAAAACAAAAUCGCCAUUUAGCUGUUGAUUAACAAUUUAUGAAAAAGUCAUUUAAAAGUUAAAUACUUCCUAAAUUUUUGCCAAACAAUUUACAAUAUUGUGCAAAAGUCACAUCAUUUCAUUAUAUUUUGCUUCUAAUUAGCCAGAUUUUCUUGUGCUAUUUUGAGGAAUAGUUCUCCACACCAUCUAAAGGUAUUUUUUGGCUCUCAUUUUCUGUUCAAUUCCUCUACCCAAGCAGUUUUAGAGGAAUGUUUGUUUGUUUGUUUGUUUGUUUGUUUGUUUGUUUGUUUUUAACCUUCAAGCAUUAAAAAAAUCAAACCUCAGGCAUCAAAGAAAGUGAGAAGCACCAGUAAGAAACGGGUGAAUACUGUAUAAUGACAGUGAUUAGCACUGUCGCCUUGCACCUCCAGGGUGCAAGUUUGAUUCCCACCUCGGGUCUGUGUGCAUGUAGUUGCAUGUUCUCUCCGUGCUUGGCGUCCAGGUGCUGCGGUUUCCUCCCACAGUUCAAAAACAUGCAGAUUAGGCAAAUCGGCUUUCCCCAAUUGUCUGUAGUGUGAGAAUGAGAAUCAAUUAUCGAGCUGGCAACCAGACCUAUUAAUUAACUGCCACAAAAGUGAUGGAUAUCUCCAGGUGUAGGAAGUAGGGGUUGCCUGAUGUGCUGGAUGGCACAUGGAUGAACCAAUAUAUAAAAAAAAUAAUGAUAAGUGAGUAGGCCGGGGAUUACUAUACGGGUGAUGGUGAAUGCUGAGUGGUUGAAACAGACGAGAAGGAAAAUGAGGUUGCUGCUGAGGCUGUUACAAAAACAACUCAUUUUUAAAUUGUAUCUUCAGCGCUUUGCAGCCGGUUGCAGUAAAGCAUUUGUUCCCAUUUCUUUCUUUAAAUAUCACUUAAUCUACUUCAUUUAAUUUUCUGGACUGCUUCUUUUACUUUAAAUUAAAUGCAUAUUAUUAUUAUUAUUAUUAUUAUUAUUAUUAUCAAGUAUUUGUUUUGUGUUUUUUAUAUUUGCUUCCAAUGUUUACGUAUUUUCUUACUCAUGUUGUUUACUGUUUUCUUACCAAAAUAAAGCUAUU